AUGUACACAGGCGACCUCGUCGACAUCGAGGCGGCGAGUCGUGAGGCGGUGAGGGGCUACUACGAGGCCAUGUUCAUGGGCGGAACUACCGCUGUGACCCCACCGCUCAAGGUCGUCAUCGUUGGAAAGGAGACUGUUGGCAAAACAAGUUUGCGGCGCAGCAUCACGACCGGGAAGCCGUGUAUGACGCGAGACAGUGGUGUAGAAAGCACUGUCCACGUGAAUGUGGAAGACCACAAAGUCGAUGGUCGUCCAAUUCGGAUAUUUGAUUGUGCCGGUCAGGCAGUAAAGACGUGGCUUAGUGUAGAGGACGACCCAGAGGUGUUGGAGGAAGAAAUAGCAAUGGAACUGCAGGCUGUAGACGAGCAACUGGCCGGCGUAACCCUCGAUGACGAUGUACCCAGCGAAGAGGAAGACGACGACGGUAUGUAUCCUGUGAUUCUGCACCCUGUAGCCCAAUUCACUUUGUUCGACACCAUGUUUCAGUCAUCUGCACCUCUCCAAGUGUCGGUGUUGCCCCACGUUGACCACUGUCGACAGGUUGUCUACUACGGACUGCUCCAGCAGUUCCUCACCCCUCGUGCCGUGUACCUGUUGGUAUGGGAUACGGCGAAAGCCAGCGAGAUGAAUGGCUUGAACCUUGAAGAUCUUGCCAUUGCUCCCAGGCUGCGUUGCUUGACUUUCCGUGUGCCGGACGCAAACAUGGUACUUGUGGGAAACAAGUUGGACCGCGUUGCAAAGGCCAGGCGUACAGUAGCGGAUGACUUAGAAAGUGAGAGCCGCCAAUGGCUGAAUCUUGUGAGCUGCUCACCAUCUGGCCUCGGCAUCUUGGCACCGUCGUUCGGCGCGAGAACAGACUGGCCGUGCGGCAAGAGCACGCCAGAGCUUUUUCAUCGAAUCAUAUUCAACCCUGUCGAUGACAAGAGGGCUGUUACCAUGCAUAUUCCGCCGGGCUAUCAAGUCGCCCUUGAGAUGCUUGAGGAGCUGGCAUCAUCCAGUAGGCGCAAGGCCGAACAGCGAACCCGUGGUAUCACAAGAGCGGAUUUGGAGCAAAAGUGGCAAGCCAAGGUGGCUGAGCUGAACAGUGCCGGAACGCCGGUAGCCGCCCCAGAAGCGGCCAUGUCCGGUGCGAUCUUGAUCAGCCACAAGCGAGACUUAGACGGCCACAUUGAUCUUGGCGGGAUCCGGGUGCCGAACGAUGCACGCGCACGCUUGGACCGGCUGGACAGAGAUCAUGUUUUCGAACCGAAACUCGCUGAAGGGCUUUGGAGUCCAGAGCUCGCGUCGCACCUUCUCCUGGCUCUGAAGAGUGCAGGGCUGACGUUUCCCCUACCUCAAGACUCCAAUGGGGGCUUGGUAAUCAAUCUACGCAUGGACACAACGCGCCUACCUGAGUAUGGUAUCAAGCUCGAGCAAGUACACAAAGCUAGUGAGCCCGACCUGAAGCUUACUGUGAAAUGUUCGUUCAGUCUAGGGUUGCCCCUUGGCUUUGUCGAGCGUUUCCUAGCGCAGUGCUGCCACGUGGGCUAUCCUUACCCCUUCUGGCGAUAUGGGGCUCUGAUAGUGGAUGACGGUGACAAGAUCCUGGCAUUGGAGGUGUUCGGAGGAUGUGAGGAGGUGCAUGCGUGGGCGGCUCUGUCGAAAGUCCUUUCCGUCGUGAUCAAGAUGCUCACGAGUUCCCUGCCACGGCCGGGAUCCUGCCUGGUGGAGGAAAGCUAUAUUUGCCAACUCUGCCAGGACCGUGCGGCGGGUAUUGACCUGUUGGCGGCUGCUCUUCAGGUUUUGGAAUUCUCAGACGAGAAAUUCUUCGAUGAACCGCUCCGGGAGCAGUUUGCCGAGAAUGCCAAGAAGGUGGCUCGUAAGGAUUGUGCGUUAUGGCCCGGGAUGAACUACGAGGUGGGGUUUCUUUUAUUCGAUAUACUCGUAGCAUAG